AUCUGGUGUAACCCAGCAUUUGCGACUAGUACAUCUCGUAACCAGCAAAGUGAAGGAACUUAUGUCACAGAUGUUAUAGUUCCAUUACUUCGGGCAAGUGUUGAAGGAGAACGUAUGGGUAAGAAGCCUGACAUUAUGAUGCUAAUAAUGGCUGAAGAAAAGGUUUUCGAGCUUGGUUACAUUGAAUCCUCGCGCAUCAACUGUAGUAAAACUAAAAAAGAUGAUGAUUAUAUGAAGCUUUGGAGAGAAAUAUUAGAUGGGGUAAGUCUUAUCGAUGCAACAUAUAGACCAAAAACUAACCAAUUUGGCAUCGUGGGGAUACAG